AUGCCGUUGGGGGGUUCCGGUCCUUGGGCUAUUGCAACUAUGUGGUCUUUGACUGCAUUGACGUUGGCCUUCGUGAUUCUACGCACGUACACACGAGUGGUAAUUGUCGAGGCUUACGGGGUAGACGACCAUGUUUACAACCUCGCUUUUGCGCUUCUCGUAUUCUACACCAUAUUCACAACCAUAUCAGCAACUUAUGGCUUUGGUCAAAGUAUAGACGACAUAUCUGAUCCCGACAGCAUUGUUGAUGCGAUUCUUUUCGAAGCGAUAGGACAAACGUUUGCUGUCGUCGGCAUGGCUAUCGCAAAGUGGUCGUUGGGCCUGUUUCUUCUCCGCUUAGUAAACAAAUAA